AUGUUGCUCAUAGAUUUUGAGAAAGCUUAUGACAUGAUAGAAUGGGACUAUAUCAUUCAGAUGCUUCAAUCAUUAGGCUUCCCCCCUGGAUUUUGUAAUAUGGUCAGAACUCUGCUAUGUGAUGCCAAUGUUGUUGUUGAAUUAAAUGGGAUAAGGUCCUCCAAUUUAGCACUAACUAGAUCCAUUAGACAAGGGUGCCCUUUAGCCCUUGCCCUUUUUGUUCUAGUUGUUGAUGCAAUGUUCUACUUACUUAAGGACUCCUCUACUACUUCCCCUAUUAGGGGUAUUUCCUUACCUAACAAGGAGGAAAUCUAUAAUGUCCAAUUUGUUGAUGACACUACACUAUUAAUUAAGCUUGAGGAAGAGAACCUUGCUGCCCUAAUGAAAAAUAUUGAUCUCUUUUGUCUAGCAUCUGGCAGCAAGAUUUCUAUGCACAAGUCCAAUCUUAUUGGUUGGGAUGACAACCCUCCGGGCUGGCUCUCAAAGUUUUCUCUCAAUUGGUUGGGCCCAACACAGAUUAUAAAGUAUCUAGGUAUUCCCUUUUCUGUUCUCCCAAAUAUAAAAGAAAUGUGGGAAUGGGUAAGGAACAAGAUUGAUAAGAAACUCUCCAAGUGGAACAGGAACUUUCUCUACUUGGCUGGAAGAUUCCAGAUUAGGGAAUUCUUAUGGUCAGAUGGCAAGGGUACUAGGAAGCAACAUGCAGUCAAAUGGGAGUGGUGCACUAUGAAUAAACUAUUUGGUGGGAUGGGGUUGAAAGACUUGAAGCUACAAGGCAUUGCUCUUGCCUCCAAGUGGAUUCUUAAGGCCAUGGAAGGUAAUGAGCCAUGGAAAGUUCUUAUAAGAAAUAAUAUUAUAUGCUCAGUUCCUAAGAAAGCCAAGAAAUGGAAAGAUCUCCCAAUACUUGAUAUUCUUAUGGGACAGUUUGAGGUAGCUCCAGCUGGUUCUAAUAUCUUCAAGUCCUUAUGGAAGGCCCGGGAACAUGUCACUGUUGUACUUAAGCUCAAUUCAGACAAGUUUGACAGGUGGAUCAAGGAGGGGAAUACUACUAUUUACAUCCAUGAACUAUCACACGGAUUCACUUGGGAGAGGGAUGAACUAGGCAAAGCAGCUUUUGAGCAAGCACUAAUGGCUUUUAUGAGGCAAUUGGAUUGUAGACAAAUGCACAUGGAGAUUAUUCAGGAGGAGGCUGACUUGAUUUGUGAGCACACCUCCCAUCCUCAUAAAAAGGAUAUACUUGAUGGUCAGGUGGAAGUGUGGCAGGAUAGAAAUAUGGGGUGGGUGGCACGGCUCUCCCCACUGGGAAACAACACUUCAUCAGAUGUUGAAACCUCAAUUUCCUAA